AUGGAGAGACCGCGGGGCCUGAGUGGCAUGACCUUUGGCGAAGCCGUGAUUAUGGACAGCGAAGACAGCAAUGGGCGGCAGCAAAACGCCGAAGCUGCGCCCACUGCUGCCCAAUUCCGAUCGCCAAUGACAUCUAGGACCCGCUCGCUGUCCGACAGCACUGGCACGCCGUCGAAGCUUUCGCCCAGCCCGAGAAUCGUCGAGACGUCGAGACGGACCUCCAAGGACGACAGCAGCAUCACCCACCUGCCGCCGCCCGAGACACCGCGACGCUCGGAGCUGAGAGGCCUGUCGAUCCAGAUGCCGCCGCGGCAAUCCACUCCACCACCGGGCACCCCAUCCGGUGCCUACAUACGGCCAGCUCCGUUGUCGCCCAAGCUGGAUCACUCGCAUACCUACGCCUCUCCCACCAAUCUCUUACCCCGCCGCUCCCGUGGCCUCGACUUCUCGCGCGCUGCGACUAGCCUCCAUCAUUCGAUGCUGGCUGAGCAGCCAUCAGAUGACUUGUCGCCAAUGAUUACAGACCGAGCGAUGAAUAUUCCUCCUCGACGAGGGCCAUAUGGAGGGACAGAACAGACGUCGACGUCUUUGUGGUCUAUGAUGGGCAACCAGGAACGGCUUAAUAUCAGCACUUCACUUGGAAGCAACCAUGCCCAUGCCCCACCGUCCGACUCCUCUAGCUCUUCCUCUGAAGAUGACGACAUGGACGAGGACAUGGACGAAGCCUAUGUAACGACUCCCCAAGUGUCCAAGAUGGGUAUGCCUCCGGCGCCGGGUUCGCCCUCAAUAGGCAGUCUUGCAAGCUUCCAGCACCGGCAACGACACCACCGCAAACACCCUAAAAUGAAGCCACGCGGUCCUCUAGGCCUUGGAUUCAACCUCGCUUCUGCUGUCCUCUCCAAGUCACCACCAAGCAACUCAGCUGCGGCACGAGCUAGACGGGAGAGCAUAAGUUGGCAGGCAAAUCAACUUCAUAUCUCGUCGGGAGAUAUGGAUGAAGGCGGUGCCGCAGAGGGGAGUAGCAGCGACCAAAGGAAUGUGAUACGGCGAGUUGUAACUCGGCGGGGGAAUCUUUUGCCCAAGGCGAAAGCAUUUGCGCGCAUCCGGGCAGCGCUUGCUGAGGAGGGGGCGCCAGCAGAAGCCGAAUUCAUAAGGGAGGCAGAAAUCGUAAAGCAAGUUCGAGAAAGCGAUGUCGACCUCGAGCCUCGUCAUCAACCCACAGGAGGGGAUACAAAUGCCAUGACGACGGCUCACUCAUCGCCUAAUCUGGUCGGGAAUCAGGAGACGCUGGAAGAUAUCCCGGCAGAUGACUCAAUGGGCGAGUUGGGCGCGAGUUUGUCGAGUAGCUUCAAACAGCAUGCCAUGAAGAAUUCCAAAGGCAAACAAUUCUGGGAUACCUUUUCUGAAUCCAGCGGAGCAAGAACACCCCCUCCCUCGGCAUCUGCCUUUUUACCUCGCGGUUCAUCAUCGGGGAUGAGUGAGGAUACUAACAUGGACUCGCCCUCUCUAAGCUCUGCUGCUUUCCACAACGGCCAAUUACCCAGCGCAGCAGAAAUUACACGGCGAAUUAACAACAAACGCCGUCGAGACGACGACUUUGACCCGACAAGUUUCAAACGCCGUGCCGUCAGCCCCAGCAUCAGCGCGCACAACUCGCCCGUUGUACAAAGUCCAAUGCAGCGCGACGUGAUGCCGUGGGGCUCACGGCCAGGCAGUACCGGUGGCGACAGAGGAAGCAGCUCAACGGGCCAAGUCAGCAGGAAAGGGAGAGUUGGAUUGCAGGGGAUGGUGGAUACGAACGACGGCAUCAUGCGCAUGAGCAUUGAGUGA